UCAGCUCUCAUUUGCUAACAAAUGAUGCAAUUACACAAUUAUUGUGAGCAUUCUAACGUCACUUAUUAUUCACGAAAGGAGGCUGCAAGGCUGAGAAGGAACGACGGCACCACCUGGCCCAACCCAAAUGUAGAAUUAGUCCCUGUUGUGUUUUAUGCUGAUGUUCUGCUGUUAAUGCACAGUUUCUGCAGUAGGACACUGAAUCAGGGUACUGCAUUGCCUAUUCAGCUUCACAAUGUUGAACACUUCAGCGAACGCCACCAGCAACAAAGGACCUCCACUGUGGUACAAGUACGAAGUGUGUGCCGUGGCUCCCUACGGCUUUAUUUUCUACUACGGCGUCAAGGUGUUCAACCUGGUGGUGGGCACGCCUUGUAACGGCCUGGUCAUUUGGCAGCAAGCCACCAGAAAGAGCGACGCAUCCACUUCAGACAUCUUCAUCCUUAAUCUGGCUAUUCUGGACGCCUACUUCUGCCUGAUGAUGCCCACCGAGCUGCUCAACACGCUGCUGCUGGACGAUACUCACAUUUGGUACUUGCAGAAGUUUGCGUACGGCGUCAAGGACACGGGAGUACUCUUUUUGGUGUGUAUCUGCCUUGACCGCUACACAGCCGUGGUGCACCCUGUACUGUUCACCAGCAUCCGAGACAACAAAAUCCGCAUUGGGAUAUCGGUGGUGGUCUGGGCUGUGAUAGUGGCCUACGCCCUCACCAAGUCCAUCCUGGGAUCUAUGAGCGUCAACUCUGUAUUCAGUGGCGUCAUCCUCUUUGCCUUCACCGUCAUGGUCCUGUGCAAUAUCUCCAUCAUCUGGGUCCUGCGUCGCUCCGUGGCGGGUAAAGAGGUGAUGCACCCGGCUAAGAAGAAAGCCCUCAAGAUGGUGCUAAUCAUCCUGGUCAUCAUCGUGGUCAACUACCUACCACCGGUGCUCAUGCCCUUUGCGCCCUACUACUCUUUAGUGGAGUUCCGCUGCCAGAUUAGCAUCAGCGUCUUCUCCAUCAUGGACCUUAGCUGCAGCAUUGAGCCGCUUCUGUACGUCACCAAGAUGAAUUGCGUGGGAGCCAGGUGCUGUGGAUGCUGCGUUGCUAGGAAACCGCACCAUGUCAAUGUCUGAUAAAGCUGAGUCGUCAAUAAGAUGAGUUACCCAUUGUCACUUUAUCCGAACCACUUAAUUGGGUUUGCAUGGUUAAAUACUUGGUACAGUCCACUAACACCUAUAAUUUAUUAAAAUUCUCUAACAUGGUUUCCAACUGUAUUUUAAUGACAACGUCAUGUUGAAGGGUUAACACUUCUGGGUAAUUUUGGCAUACGCUUCCUCCACACUCUGCAAAGAUUCUUCUGGCCCAUCUUCUGAUGUGACAUAACCCGGAUACAAGCGGAAGAAUUGAUGAUGUGCUGAUGGAGCUGUGUCAUCUCUCUCCCUGCAAGACGAUGGCUGCAGCAGUGGUAUUAACUUUGCAUGAGCAUAAUCAAUCUCACACCCCUCAAAUAUGAGCCCAACUCCCCAGGCACCUAAGCCCUUCUCCAGAAGGUGAGACACCUUCCGAGCGGCCACCACCAGCCCCUCGUAGUCGUUCCUAUUCAGGCGAAAUAUGUCUGAUGUCAAAGGACGGCGUGGAACGAGU